UGCGGUGGGGGCGGAAGUGGAAACUCUUAUCUUCCUGUCCGUCCCUCUCCAACUACGCUCGGAUACAGCCACACCAAUAGAAGCUGGUAGGGGAAACUUUGACUACGGCCUCGUUUUAACUUUAGGAUGAAGUAAAAGUUGUAUCAACUCCUCCGGUGCUGUUGAGACCCCGAUAGUCUUAGUGGCCUCAGCAAUGGAUCACAGUGGAGCCAGUGAGGGGCCUGGGCCAGGCAGAAGACCCCCCAUUCCCUUUGCUGGUACACCCAUGGGUUCCAAAGGGCAAGUAGCACAGAGUGGUCAAAGGCCCAAAGUAAAGAUAACUCCCUUCCACUGCUCACCCAUCGUCAGCAGUGAUGGAGCUCUCUGCUACAGACGACCAGGAGCAGCUUCUGGGAAUCUGCUAUCAUCUCCUGACUGCCUGUCCCUGGAUCCUCCUGGACGUGUGACUGCUCCACCGGUCAGAGAGAUACUCGCUGCUGCUGCUGCUGCUGCUGCUGCUGCUGCUGGGAGCUCAGAGGACCAGACUGCCAGUUCAGGCUUUGUACAGGCUACAACAGGAGAAAAAGUACAGGCAAAGCCUUCUGUUGUCAAGCCUGCAAGCAGGAAGGCACCACCACAUAACACAGAGUUUUCUCACAGCCAGAGAGGCAGAGGUAAGGAAAUGAAGAGCACCUCCGUCAAACCUCAGUCAGGUGUGAAGAGGAGGAAGAGGAAAAUGGGAAUGUACAACCUGGUCCCCAAAAAGAAGUCCAAACCCCUUAAACAGCAGGAGAAGGCAGAAGAGCCUGGAGCCAGUGUGGAAAAGAAUCGAGCUGCAGCAGAUGAAAAAUCAGUGAUUCUGCCAGAGGUUCUGAAGACCAGAGAACAGAUGGCUAUCAGACAGGAAUCACUGAUGGAAGCAGAACCAGAAGAAGGUGGCCAUGUUGAAUACACAGAGUUAGCUUUGGAUUGUUUGGACCUUAAAGCUCAGGAAGAGCUGCUCUCACCUCCAGUGUCAGGUGUAGCAGCGGAUACCGAGGUGACAGAAUCAGACCUGGCUGAGGAGUUACCUCUAUGCUGCUGUCGUAUGGAGACUCCUCAUUGUGUAGGCAGCCUGUCCACAUUUGAUCAGACCUGCAUGGCCAUGGAGAGCGCAGAUGGAACGCUGAGUCGUUGCCAGAGACGAGUGAUGAAGCAGGAAAUGAUGCGACCCUCCAACACAGUUCACCUACUCAUUCUGUGUGAGGACCACCGGGCCGGUAUGGUCAAGCACCAGUGUUGCCCUGGCUGUGGACUCUUCUGCAGGGCGGGCACCUUCAUGGAGUGCAGGCCAUAUGGCAAUAUCUCCCACCGCUUUCACCGUGACUGUGCCUCCAUGUUGAAAGAUUGCAGGUUUUGCCCUCACUGUGGAGAGGACGCCACCAGAGCGAAGGAGGUCACAGUGCCGAAGACCAAUCACUCGCCCUCUGUACCCAGAUCCAACCCUAGGCUGUCGCUUCCAGCUGUGCCCACCGUGGCCACCCUGCCAUCAGUACCAACCACGCCUGCUAUUCCACAGAUACUCAGAGCCAAGAAGACCAGUGAGCCUCAGAGGAGCAGAGACGAAAGCCCAAGCAGGUUAAUGGGCGAGGCUGUGUGCACUGCAGAUGGACAACCUAAAGAGUCACUAGAGAGCAUCCUGAUGGCAUUGGAUGAUGAGAACCUGAAACCAAAGAAAGUGAAGUACCCCACCAGGCAGCUGUACAUCUCUGCAAAACAAGGAGAGCUACAGAAGGUCAUUCAUCUCUUAGUUGACGGGAAGGACCCCAACUUUUUGAUGGAUGGCCAAAGCAAACGCACCCCUCUUCAUGCAGCAGCUGCUGAGGGUCACCAGGAGAUCUGCCACAUGCUGGUCCAGGCUGGAGCCAACCUGGACAUGUUUGAUGAGGAGCAGAAAACACCACUGAUGGUAGCUUGUGAAAACAACCAUCUGGACACAGUGAUGUACCUGCUCAGAGCUGGUGCAGCCAUCAGCCACAAGGAUAUCAUGGGCUUCACCUGUCUGCAUCUGGCAGCGAAACUGGGACAUUAUGACAUUGUCCAUCAUCUACUCUCCAAGGCAUCUAAGUACAUCAACUGUCAGGAUGAAGGGGGAUGGACUCCCAUCACCUGGGCCAUCGAGUAUAAGCACAAGGAGCUGGUCUACCUUCUGUUGGCCAGAGGGGCUGACGUUAACAUCAGAGACAAGGAAGAGAAUGUCUGCCUCCACUGGGCAGCUCUGACGGGCUGUGAUGACGUCGCCCAGUCUCUGUUGGAUGCUCAGUGUGACCUCAGCGCUGUCAACAUUCAUGGUGACUCGCCGCUUCAUGUCGCUGCCAGAGAAAACCACCUGCAAUGUGUGAUGUUGUUUCUGUCUCGUGGAGCUGACGUUACUCAGAGGAAUAAGGAAGGAGAGACAGCUCUGGAUUGCUGCAUCUAUGGCUCCGAUGUGUGGAAGGCCCUCAACACCAACAAGAAGCUAACUGAUGCCAGGAGAGGCAGGGACUGUCGAGGAGAAAGAUUGCUGAGCAGGGACAUUUCUCGGGGGUAUGAGGCAAUUCCUGUCACCUGUGUUAAUGGUGUUGACAGCGAGCCCUGUCCUGAAAACUUUAAAUACAUUCCAGACAACUGUGUCACCUCUGCACUGGACAUAGACAAGGACAUCACUCAUAUACAGCACUGCAGCUGUACAGAUGACUGUUCAUCCAGUGCCUGCAUGUGUGGUCAGCUCAGUCUACGAUGUUGGUACGACAAUGAGGGUCGACUACCACUGGACUUUUGCCAGCGGGAGCCCCCAGUGCUGUUUGAGUGUAACCAUGCCUGCUCCUGCUGGAGGACCUGCAGGAACCGAGUGGUCCAAAAUGGACAGAGAGUCCGGCUGCAGCUCUUCAGGACACAGAAAAUGGGCUGGGGAGUGAGGACCAUGCAGGAUAUCCCUCAAGGAACAUUCAUUUGCGAGUAUAUCGGAGAGAUUAUCACCGAUGCAGAGGCUGACAAAAGGGAGAAUGACUCUUUCCUCUUCACCCUCGACAAUAAGGUGGGAGAUGUGCAUUGUAUUGAUGCAAGACUUUUUGGCAACAUCGGCCGCUUCAUCAAUCAUCUUUGUGAGCCUAACCUGCUGGCUGUGAGGGUGUUCACCAUGCACCAGGAUCUGCGCUUUCCCAGGAUAGCCUUCUUCUCUAGCAGGCCCAUCAAAGCUGGAGACCAGAUAGGGUUUGACUAUGGUGAUCACUACUGGAGAGUGAAGAGCAAGUAUUUCAGCUGCCAGUGUGGUUCUCUCAAGUGUCGCCACUCAGCUGCUAUCAGGAAGAAACUCACUGAUGACCACUGAUCUCUCUUUCUGCCUUCACACAUUAUGUUGCCACACCCUCUCUAUUGUCAGAAACAAUGCCUUGUGAACCAGACAUCACUUUGUUCUGUAAACACCAGUGGUAUGAUGAUGAAUAAUUAACAUUAUUCAGAUCUGUUAUCUGAGAGCACAGGAUAUAACUUAUUAAUACACCUAUUAAGGUAAAGUUUCUAUAUGAGGAACACUGCAUCUUGCCACCAGCCACAGAUACUGUGUGUGAGACAGGGUUGUAGAAGUUAUAAUCAGGUUAAAAAAUCUUAACAGAUUAUUUUAAUCUCUUCCUUUAAUACUGCAAAAUGUUAUAUGUGUGAAUGAAUGAAAUGAAGUAACAUUUUUGGUAGUCUGAUCUCUUCUAUGAACUUUUUACUUCAUCUCUAAUUAGCAAUUAAACACAAUUCUAAAGCA